AUGGUGGAGCCGGUGGGCUUCGCCGAGGCUUGGCGCGCCCAGUUCGCCGACUCGGAGCCGCCCCGGAUGGCGCUGCGGUCGGUGGGCGACGUGGAGCGCGAGCUGGAGCGCUGCAAGGCGUCGAUCCGGCGCCUGGAGCUGGAGGUGAACAAGGAGCGCUUCCGCAUGAUCUACUUGCAGACGCUGCUGGCCAAGGAGAGGAAGAGCUACGACCGGACGCGCUGGGGCUUCAAGCGCGCCUCGCACGUGCCCGACGCCGACCCCCCGACGCCGCCGCCCGACGGCCCGCCCCAGCCCCCGCCCCAGCCCCCGCCCGAGCGCGCCUCCCUGGCCGGCGAGGAGAAGCUGAAGCGGGGCCUGGAGGACGCCGAGGCCCGCUGCGAGCCCGACGUGUCGCCGUCCAAGCACCGGCCCGCCUCCGGCCGCCGCCCGGCCGCCCAGGAGGGCGCCUUCGAGCCGGUGGGCCCGGAGCGGGCGGCGGCCUGCAGCGUGGCGGCGCUGCGCUCCAACUUCGAGCGGCUGCGGAGGGCGCCGUCGGACGGGCCGGACAAGCCCUGCUACGUCAACCUGGAGUACCACCACGAGCGGGGCCUGGUCAGAGUCAACGACCACGAGGUGUCGGACAAGAUCAGCUCGCUGGGCAGCCAGGCCAUGCAGCUGGAGCGGCGCCGGGCCCUGCAGGCCCCCCGCGCCCGCCCGCCCGAGGGCCUCUGCGCCCUGGACGGCGACUACGAGGACGUGGAGCUGAACCCCCGCUUCCUCAAGGACCACCUGCUUCACGCCAACGGGGGCGGCCGCCCCUCUUGGGACCUGCAGCCCUACCAGAGCGUCUACGUCGGCGAGGGGGAGGGCGGCGGCGGCGGGGGGCCCCCGCUGCGCCCCCCCGCCCAGCCCGAGCAGCAGCAGCACCUCACCUGGCCCCGCCGCUCCUACUCCCCGCGCAGCUUCGACGACGCCGGCGGCGGCUACACGCCCGACUGCAGCUCCAACGAGAACCUCACCUCCAGCGAGGAGGACUUCUCCUCCGGCCAGUCCAGCCACGUGUCGCCCAGCCCCACCGCCGGCCGCCUCUGCCGGGACAAGAGCAGGUCCCCUUCGCAGAACUCGCAGCAGUCCUUCGACAGCAGCAGCCCCCCCACCCCCCAGUCCCAGAAGCGGCACCGGCAGCAACAGGCGGGGGUGUCGGAAGCCACCGUCGUGGGAGUACGGAAAACGGGGCAGAUCUGGCCCGGCGAGGGUGAGCUGCUGCCCGGGAGGCCCUCUCUGGACAGUUGUUUCCAUGGAGAUGCUGAUGCCUCCUUUAGUGGGAUACCACCCGGCUAUGCUUAUGAUGUGGACAGGGCCGAGGAACAGCGGCGACAUCAUGAACAGAUGCCCUACAUUGAUGACUCACCUUCUUCCUCUCCCCAUCUCAGCUCCAAAAGCCGGGGUAGCAGAGAGACCCUCUCCUCAGGAUCUCUGGAGUCCACAAAAUCAAGUGAGCCAGACUUGGAGAAGGGCUUGGAGAUGAGGAAAUGGGUCCUCUCUGGAAUUCUGGCUAGUGAGGAGACUUAUUUAAGCCAUCUUGAGGCCCUGUUGCUGCCCAUGAAGCCUUUGAAAGCUGCGGCCACCACCUCCCAGCCUGUGCUGACGAGUCAGCAGAUUGAAAUCAUCUUCUUCAAAGUGCCUGAGCUCUAUGAGAUCCACAAGGAAUUCUACGACGGACUCUUCCCUCGCGUUCAGCAGUGGAGUCACCAGCAGCGGGUGGGGGACCUCUUCCAGAAGCUGGCCAGCCAGCUGGGAGUGUACCGGGCCUUCGUGGAUAACUAUGAGGUUGCCAUGGAGACGGCAGAGAAGUGUUGUCAGGCCAACGCUCAGUUCGCAGAAAUCUCAGAGAAUCUGAAGGCUAGAAGUGCCAAGGAUUCUAAAGACCAGACAACAAAGAACUCCUUGGAAACUCUCCUGUACAAGCCGGUGGACCGAGUAACACGAAGCACGCUUGUCCUCCACGACUUACUGAAACACACUCCUGCAAGCCACCCUGACUACUCACUCCUGCAGGAUGCCCUCCGCAUCUCCCAGAACUUCCUGUCCAGCAUCAACGAAGAGAUCACUCCCAGAAGGCAAUCCAUGACUGUCCAGAAGGGAGAGCACCGGCAGCUCUUGAAGGACAGUUUCAUGGUGGAGCUGGUUGAGGGAGCCCGUAAACUGCGCCAUGUCUUUCUCUUCACGGACUUGUUCCUGUGUGCCAAGCUCAAGAAGCAGCUUGGAGGGAAAAGCCAACAGUAUGACUGUAAGUGGUACAUCCCGCUGUCGGACCUCAGCUUCCAGACUGUUGACGAUUCAGAGUCUGUGCAGAACAUCUCGCUUGUGCCAGAUGAGGAGCUGGACGCCAUGAAGAUCAAAAUUUCUCAGCUCAAAAGCGAUAUCCAACGAGAAAAAAGGGCCAACAAGGGUAGCAAGAAUAUGGAGAGGUUGAAAAAGAAGCUUUCGGAGCAGGAAUCCAUGCUUCUGCUGAUGUCUCCCAACAUGGCUUUCCGAGUGCAUAAUCGGAAUGGCAAGAGCUACACAUUCCUCAUCUCCUCGGACUACGAACGGGCAGAGUGGCGAGAGAUCAUCCGGGAGCAGCAGAAGAAAUGCUUCAAAAGCUUCUCGCUGACAUCGGUGGAGCUUCAAAUGCUGACAAAUUCCUGCGUGAAGCUUCAAACUGUGCAUCACAUUCCCCUCACGAUCAACAAAGAAGAUGAUGAAUCUCCUGGCCUCUAUGGAUUCCUGAAUGUCAUCGUCCAUUCAGCCAGUGGCUUCAAGCAGAGCUCAAACCUGUACUGCACCUUGGAAGUGGAUUCCUUUGGGUAUUUUGUAAACAAGGCCAAAACGAGAGUCUACAGAGACACAACAGAGCCCAAUUGGAAUGAGGAAUUUGAGAUUGAGCUGGAGGGCUCACAGACCCUGCGGCUUUUGUGCUACGAGAAGUGCUACAACAAAUCCAAGCUCACCAAAGAAGAUGGAGAGACCACAGACAAACUGAUGGGCAAAGGCCAAAUCCAGCUGGAUCCACAGACGUUGCAAGAUAAAGAUUGGCAACGCACAGUCAUUUUGAUGAAUGGCGCUGAAGUGAAGCUGUCCGUGAAGUUCACAAGCAGGGAGUUCAGCUUAAAGAGAAUGCCAUCCCGCAAGCAGACUGGAGUCUUUGGAGUCAAGAUUGCUGUCGUCACCAAGAGAGAAAGAUCGAAAGUGCCUUACAUUGUGCGCCAGUGUGUGGAGGAGAUUGAGCGCCGUGGCAUGGAGGAGGUGGGCAUCUAUCGAGUCUCUGGUGUUGCCACCGAUAUCCAGGCCUUGAAAGCUGCCUUUGAUGUCAAUAACAAAGACGUGUCUGUCAUGAUGAAUGAGAUGGAUGUCAACGCCAUUGCAGGGACCCUAAAGCUCUAUUUCAGAGAACUGCCUGAGCCUCUCUUCACAGAUGAACUCUAUCCCAACUUUGCUGAAGGCAUUGCUCUUUCAGACCCUGUUGCAAAGGAAAGCUGUAUGCUGAACUUACUGCUGUCUCUUCCAGAACCUAAUCUUGUCACAUUCCUUUUCCUGUUGGACCAUUUGAAGAGGGUUGCUGAGAAGGAGAGCAUCAACAAGAUGUCCCUGCACAAUCUGGCAACUGUUUUUGGACCUACGCUGCUGAGGCCAUCCGAGAAGGACAGCAAGAUCCCUGCCAAUCCAACCCAACCCAUAGCCAUGAGUGAUAGCUGGUCACUAGAAGUUAUGUCACAGGUUCAAGUUCUCCUCUACUUCCUGCAGCUAGAGACGAUCCCUACACCAGACAGCAAGAGACAGAGCAUCUUGUUCUCCACCGAAGUGUAGAAACCUCGUCUAGCAGUGGAGGGGAUUGUGGACUUGUCUUUGGGGUGUACUGCCUGCUCUGGGGACCAGAGAAAAACCAUUCCUUUUCUAGACAUUCCUGGCCUGUCCUUGCCAACAUGGGGGAAGCAAGUCCUCCUGCUGUUUUUGUCUGGCAAAGACAGGCUGAAGAUU